AUGGCUUCCGGUGAAGGGUCCCGCAAGCCCAGGAAACGUAAUUUUAGUGCCUGCGAGAUUUCAAUUUUGAUGGAGAAAGUAGAGGAAAACUUGGCCAUUCUACAAAGUAAAUUCACCAACAGUGUUACCAACUUGAAGAAAAAGCAGGUGUGGUCGGAAAUUACCGCCGCAGUAAACGCAGUUGGAGUAGACAAGCGCACAGAGACAGAGGUCCGCGAAAAAUGGAAGAAUCUUCAUUCCGCUGCCAAAAGAGUGUUCGCAAAAUUCCGUCAAGAAACCAAAAAAACUGGAGGAGGCCCUACCCCGAAAGAAAUAUCUGCGACCACUUCAAAAGUCAUUGAACUUUUCCAGGACACUCCGUCCUUUGUAGGCCUAGCGGGGUUUGAGAAAAAUUGUCCAAAUGGUAAGCCAAUAUUUUAAACUUUCAUUUCCGCAUUAUGGAGCAUUAUGAGCUUAACUUUUGCUUUAUAAGAAAAAGUGGGUAAACAUAUUAAGCAUAAUUAGCGCUUGUUUCAGUGUUGUUUUGUCAAGCGCUUAAAUGGUUUUGCGACCGUAGGUCACGAAAGUUGAUCUCAUCGAGUCCCCGACUUUUGGAAUUAAGUGUGGUAUUUGUGUAGCUUGGUACUCGAGAAAAGUUGAAAUUACCUUUUUUGAGAAUGAAUAGCAGUUAUUUCAAUUUAAACAAGACCAACAAAAAAGUAAAAAAAAAAAAACAGCUACUGUGACCCCAUCUCGCUCUUUGCUGUUAUUGUUAAAGCUUCAACUUUACUGUGAUAUGCGAGAAUUUUUGCACGUUUUACUUAUGUGAAUGUAAGAAAGUUUUGUUUAAACUAAUAUAUUGUAGGAAAACAAAACAGGGAGAGACCGUAAAAUUGCUAUGUGUAAGAAAAAAGCUAAGAAGAAAAGAAACGAUUCGUGCUUUCUGAGGCUCCAAGAAAUUACAAACGCCAUGAUUAAGCUAAAUUUUAUGGGGAAAAUUUUAUUUAACUUAUUUCUUUUCCCAAAGAGUAGCAAGUUUGAGGCUCAACAUAGACCCAAGUUGAAGUUCAAGUAUAGAAUUAAAGACGAAUAGCCGAUAUUACUUAAAUGGGAGUCGUGAGUCAGUGUUUAGUAUACAAAAAUUUCGGAAAAGUAAAAUAAGGCCGUUUCCUCAGCGGUCUGCAUAUUGUUAGAGAUUUUAUUUUGUACUAACUUGAACAUAUAUUUCACCACCCAAUUUUUUUAAAAUAUUUCUAUGAGCCUAUAAAAAAUUGAAUCCAUUUCCAUUAAAUAAUUAGCCUUUAAAGACAGAUUGUGUGAGCACUGUUGUUAUGCAUGUUCACAGAUCAGUCAUUUGAAGAGCAGAGUAGAGGUUGGAGUGAUGUAAUUCUAGUCGCAGAGGUCAGUGAACAGUCACAGUCAGCCACUGCAGUGUCUGCUGAAGAUGUAGAGCAGGAAAAACCUUGUAUUGUAGUGCAAGAGUCAGAGGGAAAAUGUGAGCCAAAAAGGAAGAAAAUAACACAUGACCUUGUGCUGGAGCAGCAGUUCAACACCCUCCUUUUAAGGCAAGACAAUCUGAAGUUGAAAAAGAGGAAAUUGGAGCUAGAGGUCUUGCUUCUAGAAGAGAGG